GUUUUAUUUCAAAAUGAAAUUCCCCAUGAAUUCUCUACUUAUCUUUUGGGGGUUUUCGCUGUAAAUUAUCAACGGCCGGAAAGCAACAAAUUCAUGUUCCCAAACCCCUUUUCCAACCAAGCAUUCCUUAAAGAAACGCCAAUAGGAAGCUCAGAGGGAAUUGUCAUUAAAUUUGAUCUGAUUUCUGUUGUUUUUCUCAUGCAAUUAUUCGAUCGCUUCCGUACAGGUGUGAACCAUUUGGAAGAAGCAGAACCUGGGAAGGUUUUCUUUUGAUGUAACUUUAUUUGGUGCAAGGUCGGAGUGGAGUGAGAGAUGAUCUUACCAGCUUUAUUGACUUCUGCUGGUUUCAAUAUAGUCAUUUGCGUGGGGUUUUUCUCGCUAUAUUCCAUAUUGAGAAAGCAACCGGUUAAUAUAAAAGUUUACUUUGGGCAGAGGCUUGCCCAGCUGAAGGCACGAGGACAAAAGAAUUUAUUUUCCUUUGAUAGGUAUGUCCCCUCUGCAGGCUGGUUAGUGAAGGCAUGGGAAGCAUCAGAUGACGACCUAUACGCUUGUGGGGGUAUAGAUGGACUUGUAUUUCUCAAGAUGAUUGUUUUUUGCAUUCGCAUUUUUUCUGUUGCUGCUGUUCUUUGCAUAUUUCUUGUGCUUCCUGUGAACUUGUUUGGGCAAGGGAUACAACAGAUUAAUGCUGAAUCACAGAUGGACAUAUUCACCAUUAGGAAUGUCCAAGAAGGUUCAAAAGGGCUCUGGGCUCACUUUUUCGCACUCUAUGUCAUAUCUAUCUGUUCUUACGUUCUUCUAUACAUUGAGUUCAAGAGCGUUGCAAGGAUGAGGCUGGAGCAAGUAAUUAGGUUUCCAACAAGGCCAAGUCACUUCACAGUUCUUGUUCGUGGUAUACCAUGGAUUCCAGGAUUAUCGUACAGUGAAGCUGUGAGCAAGCACUUCGGUAGUUAUUAUGUAUCAAGUUAUCUCGCACACCAAAUGGUCUAUCGAUCUGGUACAAUCCAAAGAUUGAUGAUGGAUGCAGAGAAAAUGUAUAAGGUGCUCAAGGACACUCCUAUAAAUCAAUAUUUGGCACCAACUACAGUGGGGUGUGGCCAAUGUGCAGGGCACUCAAACUCCUUUAAAAUGCUUACUUGUGAAUCAGAUAGUGAUGUCAAGAAACCUAACCAACAGAAUGAACCAGAUCUAAAAGAGCAGGAGUGUGCAGCUGCAUUCGUCUUUUUCAGGACCCGAUAUGCUGCUAUGGUGGCUUCACGUACCAUCCAAGUAUUAGACCCGAUGUUGUGGGUGAUAGAGUUUGCUCCAGAGCCACAUGAUGUUUACUGGGAAAACCUUUGUGUACCUUAUAGAUUGCUUUGGAUACGUAAAACAUUGGUGUUUAUUGGCUCUAUUAUCUUCAGCUUGUGGUUUCUGUUGCCUACAACAUUAGUUCAAGGUCUCGUCAAUAUCGCUCAGCUGGAGUCCACGUUUCCAUUCCUAAGAGGGAUAUCACAGAAGAGUUAUGCAAACAUUGUUCAGGGGUAUCUGCCAAGUUUGGUGCUGACAUGUUUUGCUCUAAUCGUUCCACCAGUAAUGCUAAUGUUUGCUACACUUGAAGGAGCAAUUUCUCGUAGUUCGAGGAAAAAGAGUGCUUGUAACAAAUCUAUAAUUUUCUUCUUUUGGAAUGUUUUCUUCUACAACCUUUUCACGGGUACUUGGUGGGAUCGUAUAACUAGAUUUACUGUUACUGGUCUAAAAGACAUGGCUACUUUACUUGGCAAUUUGAUUCCUGGCCAGGCGUCCUUCUUCAUGACGUACGUUAUGACAACAGGUUGGGCAAGCCUGGCAUGGGAGUUGAUGCAACCGUAUGUCCUUAUAGUUAACUGGAUCUUUCAAUUUGUUUUGAUGAGGAAAGAGGGCUUUGGUGACCUGUACACUUUCCCGUACCACACUGAAGUUCCAAGGACCCUUCUAUUUGCACUCCUUGGGUUCACAUUCAGCACUUUGGCACCCUUGAUAUUACCUUUCCUGCUUGUCUACUACUUCUUCGCGUAUUUUGUAUACCGAAAUCAGAUCCUGAACGUUUAUAUUACCAGAUACAAUACGAAUGGACUUUAUUGGCCUGUUGCACAUAAUGCCAUGAUCUUUUCAUUAAUAGUUAUGCAAGGAGUAGCUGCAAUAAUUUUUGGAAUGAAAGAUUUUGGGACUGCAUCAACCUUCACAUUCGUACUGAUCAUCUUCACUAGCCUUUUCAACGUGUUUUGCCGCCAUAAGUUUUUACCGCUUUUUAAGAACAAUGCUGCUCAGGAUCUUAUUGAGAUGGACCGACAUGAUGAGCAUUCUGGGAAGAUUGAAGAGAUUCUGCCACGUUUACUGGCAUCCUAUUAUCAGUUCGGACCAUAUUCUGGUAAUCAUCCCAGUGAUCUACUUUCAGCAGAUUACAAAAAAUGUGGCGAGAAUCCCGUGGUGGUCACAAAACCUAAAGAACACGAGACCAGUCGAGAUCCAGCAACCACAACAAUCUCUGGCUCAAAACUCUGAUUUUGGAGCCACUGUUUUAGAUUUAUGGAAGUUGUUCAUAUAUUAAUGGGGGAUUGGUUUUAUCACCAUUUCUGGAGAUGAGAAAGCAAGAGAAAAAGAAAGAUUCUGGGAAAGCCUUGUACAGAAGAUGGUGCUCCUGGAACUUUUGAAUGUAAUCUACAAUCCCUAGCUAUAUAAAUGGAACACAUACAUAUAAUAGAAUAGAAUGGAAAGUUUUGCAUGUGUAAUGGGAAUAAAACAGAGAAGUGACUUAUCAAGUUGUAUAUAAAUAUAGCAUAUU